AUGGGUGUGGAAGAGGGGAAGGAGGGAGUGGCAGGAGGUGGUGCUGGCCUGAAGGAAAGGGCCGGAUGCUGGCAAAACCUAAAUCUCGUAAUGCCUCUGGCUCACUGUGUAGAGAACUGUAGGUUCUUGGGUCCUGGGGUCACACUGUCAUCCAAGACUCCCCCAUUGUGUCACCAUGGCCGGCAUAUGGCAGCAAUUCCCAGGUUCCACCCCAAACCAGAAACGGAUGAGUAUGAUGUACACUCUAGCUUGGUCAUCUCUAUCUACUCAAAGAAUUUAAAGGUGUCUAAUGAGUAUCAUAUGCUCUUCGUCGGCCUGCUCGGGCUCCUGGUAGUUCCUGGUCUUCCUUACAAUAUCAACAUCAGCAAUGACAACAACAGAGACGGAAGUGGUCAGCAGUCUGUGAGCAUCAACAAUGAGCACAACGUGGCCAACGUCGACAAUAAUAACGGCUGGGACUCCUGGAAUUCCCUCUGGGACUAUGAAAAUAGUUUUGCUGCAACCAGACUCUUCGCCAAGAAAUCAUGCAUUGUGCACAAAAUGAACACGAAGGUCAUGCCCUCUCUUCAAGACCUUGGCACGCUGGCCAAGGAGCAAAAGGGUAAAGGGCCUGAAGGAGCAUCCCCCAAGGAACUGAUGUACUCUAUCAACCCCACCAGAGUGGAGGACCUGAGUACAUUUGGGACAAAGAUUGCUGGCAUGUGCCAGGGCAUCCCAACCUAUGUAGCCGAGGAGAUUCCAGUACUAAACCAGCCUUUCUACUCAAAGAAGUGCUACACUGCCAACAUACUCUGGAUUCUGCAGAUGUCCUUCUGUGGAACAUCAGAGGAAAUGUAUUAG